GAAUAUUUUAGGGCUGGGACACAUUUCUUUCUGGUCACUGCUGACCAGGCCCAAAAUGCAGCUCAGGAAAGUGAUUCUGCUGUUGCUUUUAUUUCUGAAAUCAGGUCACGGACACUCCCUUGACGACUAUGUGGCCAUGCAGGAGGUCUCCUUGUCCGGCAGCUCCUCAAAGCAGAUCGACACGGACAGUGCGGACGAGUGUGCCACCAAGUGUGAGGAGGAGACAGAACUAAGCUGCAGGUCAUUUCACUAUCAUAGUGCAAAACAACAGUGUGUUCUCAUGGCUGAAAACAGCAGGACUGCCCAGGUGGUCAAUAUGAGUGAUGUCAUGUUUUAUGAAAAGAGAGCCCAUCAAUGUCUGGAGGGAAAUGGAGAAAACUAUAAAGGGAUAGUGUCCGUGACCACUUCUGGGCUUACCUGUCAAAACUGGAGUGGAAAUAACCCUCAUCAUCACAGUUUCAACCCAGUAAAGCAUCUCUCCAAAGAUCUGGUUAGAAACUACUGCCGUAACCCUGAUGGAUCUCAUGCCCCGUGGUGCUUUACAACAAACCCUGCCGUGAGGCGGGAAUACUGCACCAUACCACCCUGUGAAGCUUCUGGUGCACUUUCUAACUCAACUAGUAAUAGCAAAGAGGGUGACCUGAGAAAGCAACAAUAUAAGACUAAGGUCACUCAAGGAAUCCACAAAGCCACAGAACAGUGUAUGAAAGGAAAUGGUGAGGACUAUCUCGGUCGAAUUUCCAGGACUGCAUCUGGAUACACCUGUCAGCGCUGGAGUGAGCAAGCUCCUCACAGUCACAGUUUCAGUCCAGAGAAGCAUCCCUCCAAAAAUCUGGUUGAAAACUACUGCCGGAACCCCAGUGGAUCUCCUUAUCCCUGGUGCUACACCACCAACCCUGCUGUGAGGUGGGAAUAUUGCACUGUACCCUCCUGUGACAAGUCUGAUCAGUGUCUGAGAGGAAAAGGUGAAAACUAUCAAGGUCUUAUGUCUACAACUCCUUCUGGAUAUGCCUGUCAGAACUGGAAUGAACAGGACCCUCACAAGCAUGAGUUUAUCCCAGAGAAGCACCCCAAAAUAAAUUUGUUUGGAAACUACUGCCGGAACCCCAGUGGAUCUCCUUAUCCCUGGUGCUACACCACCAACCCUGCUGUGAGGUGGGAAUACUGCCAGGUGCCCUUCUGUGACAAGUCUGAGCAGUGUCUAAAUGGAAAUGGUGGAAACUAUCGAGGUUACGAGUCCAAGACUGUGUCUGGGAAUAACUGUCAACACUGGAGUGCACAGUCCCCUCACAAGCACAGUUUUAGACCAGAUAAUCAUCCUACCAAAAAUUUAGUUGGAAACUUCUGCCGGAAUCCUGAUGGAUCUAAUUCUCCUUGGUGCUAUACCACCAACCCUUCUGUGAGGUGGGAGUACUGCCAGAUACCCUCCUGUGACAACUCCGAUCAGUGUCUGAAGGGAAGAGGUGAGAACUACCGAGGUUCUAUAUCCACGACAGUGUCUGGGCACACCUGCCAGCAAUGGAAUGCACAGUUCCCUCACAGCCACAAAUUUACUCCGGAGAAGUAUACUUCCAUACAUUUGGCUGGAAACUUCUGCCGGAAUCCUGAUGGGUCGAGUGCUCCUUGGUGCUACACCACCAACCGUGCUGUGAGAUGGGAAUACUGCACUGUGCCCUCCUGUGACAGCUCUGAUCAUUGUCUAAAAGGAAAUGGUGAAAACUACCGGGGUAAUAUGGCCAAGACAGCUUCUGGGCACACCUGUCAGGGCUGGAGAGAGCAGACCCCUCACAAGCAUGACUACAGCCCCGAUAAGUAUCUCUCCACAAAUCUGGCUGCAAACUUCUGCCGGAAUCCUAGUAAAUCUGGUGCUCCUUGGUGCUACACAACCAACAAGUCUGUGAGGUGGGAGUACUGCCAGGUGCCUUCCUGUGACGACUCUGAUCGCUGUUUGAAAGGAAAAGGUGAAAACUACCGAGGUUCGGUGUCCAAGACUGUGUCUGGGCACACCUGUCAGCGCUGGGAUUCACAGACCCCUCACAAGCACAAAUUUACCCCAGAGGAGCAUCCCUCUGUAAAUCUGAUUGGCAAUUUCUGCCGGAAUCCUAGUGAAUCAACAGCUCCUUGGUGUUAUACAACCAACCCAGCUGUGAGAUGGGAAUACUGCUCUAUACCAUCCUGUUUGGCAUGCACCUCUAAGAGAAUGAUUAACCUCGUUGGGCCAUCUUGUCUGAGAUGUACUUUCUCACAUGUAAGUCAGUCACAUUUUGGGGUAGGACACACUGCUUUCUGGUCACUACUGGCCAGCCCCAAAAUGCAACGUAAGGAACUGGUCCUAUUAUUUCUUUUAUUUCUGCAACCAGGUCACGGAAUCCCCCUUGAUGAUUAUGUGACGACACAGGGGGCCUCCCUGUCCAGCUCCACGAAGAAGCAGCUGAGUGUAGGAAGCACAGAGGAGUGUGCUGUCAAGUGUGAGAAGGAGACAAGCUUCAUCUGCAGGUCAUUCCAGUACCACAGCAAAGAGCAGCAAUGUGUGAUCAUGGCCGAAAACAGCAAGUCUACCCCAGUGCUCAGGAUGAGGGAUGUCAUCUUGUUUGAAAAGAAAAUGUAUCUUUCAGAGUGCAAGGUUGGAAAUGGAAAGUACUAUAGGGGAACAGUGUCAAAAACGAAGACUGGGCUGACAUGUCAGAAAUGGAGUGCCGAGACGCCACACAAACCCAGAUUCUCACCGGAUGAGAACCCCUCAGAGGGCCUGGAUCAGAACUACUGUCGGAACCCAGACAACGACCCUAAGGGGCCUUGGUGCUACACCAUGGACCCAGAAGUCAGAUAUGAAUACUGCGAAAUCAUCCAGUGUGAAGAUGAAUGCAUGCACUGCAGUGGCCAGAACUAUGUGGGCAAAAUUUCCAGGACCAUGUCUGGACUCGAAUGCCAGCCCUGGGACUCUCAGAUCCCUCACCCCCACGGAUUCAUCCCUUCCAAAUUUCCCAGCAAGAACUUGAAGAUGAAUUACUGUCGCAACCCUGAUGGAGAGCCCCGCCCAUGGUGUUUUACCAUGGACCGAAACAAGCGCUGGGAGUACUGUGACAUCCCUCGCUGCACAACACCUCCACCGCCUUCUGGUCCAACAUAUCAGUGUCUGAUGGGAAACGGAGAACACUACCAAGGGAACGUGGCCGUGACAGUAUCUGGGCUCACCUGCCAGCGCUGGGGUGAACAAAGCCCUCACAGACAUGAUAGGACCCCGGAAAACUAUCCCUGCAAAAAUUUGGAUGAAAACUAUUGCCGUAACCCUGACGGAGAACCCGCUCCAUGGUGCUUUACAACUAACAGUUCUGUGAGGUGGGAAUUCUGUAAGAUCCCAGACUGUGUGUCCUCUGCAUCAGAGACAGAACACUCAGAUGCCCCAGUUAUAGUGCCGCCCGAACAGACCCCCGUGGUCCAGGAGUGCUACCAGGGCAACGGACAGAGCUACCGCGGCACGUCUUCCACCACCAUCACAGGAAAGAAAUGCCAACCUUGGACAUCCAUGAGACCACACAGGCACAGCAAAACCCCGGAGAACUACCCAGAUGCCGACCUGACAAUGAACUACUGCAGGAACCCAGAUGGUGAUAAAGGCCCCUGGUGCUAUACCACCGACCCCAGCGUCAGGUGGGAGUUCUGUAACCUGAAAAAAUGCUCAGGGACAGAAAUGAGUGCCACAAACUCUUCUCCUGUUCAAGUUUCGAGUGCAUCAGAGUCUUCUGAACAAGACUGCAUCAUCGAUAAUGGGAAAGGAUACCGGGGCACCAAGGCAACCACAGGCGCGGGCACUCCGUGCCAGGCGUGGGCAGCUCAGGAACCCCACCGGCACUCCAUCUUCACUCCGGAGACAAAUCCACGGGCUGAUCUGCAAGAAAACUAUUGUCGGAAUCCUGACGGGGAUGCCAAUGGCCCCUGGUGCUAUACGACAAACCCAAGGAAGCUUUUCGACUACUGUGAUAUACCUCACUGUGUCUCACCCUCUUCAGCUGACUGUGGGAAGCCCAAGGUGGAGCCCAAGAAGUGCCCUGGAAGGGUUGUGGGCGGCUGUGUGGCCAACCCUCACUCCUGGCCCUGGCAGGUCAGCCUCCGCAGGUUCGGACAACACUUCUGUGGAGGCACUUUGAUCUCCCCGGAAUGGGUGGUGACGGCGGCUCACUGCUUGGAGAAAUUCUCAAACCCAGCCAUAUACAAGGUUGUCUUGGGAGCCCACCAGGAAACGAGGCUGGAAGCUGAUGUCCAGAUAAAAGGAGUGACUAAAAUGUUCUUGGAGCCUUACCGAGCAGACAUCGCCUUGCUGAAGCUAAGCAGUCCUGCCAUCAUCACUGACAAGAUCAUCCCUGCUUGUCUGCCCAACUCCAAUUACAUGGUCGCUGACCGGUCGCUAUGUUACAUCACUGGCUGGGGAGAAACUAAAGGUACCUAUGGUGCCGGCCUCCUCAAGGAAGCCCAGCUGCCUGUGAUCGAGAACAAAGUCUGCAACCGCCAGGAGCUUCUCAACGGGAGGGUGAGGUCCACGGAGCUCUGUGCUGGACACUUGGCGGGAGGCGUCGACAGCUGCCAGGGUGACAGUGGCGGGCCCCUGGUAUGCUUCGAGAAGGACAGAUACAUUUUGCAAGGAGUCACUUCUUGGGGGCUGGGCUGUGCACGCCCUAACAAGCCUGGUGUCUACGUCCGAGUCUCCCGGUAUGUGUCUUGGCUACAAGACGUGAUGAGAAAUAACUAGUCGGAUGGAAGAUCGCAGGAAGCUUCUGCAGGAGCAUGGGGAGAGGACUGCGCACACAUGCAAAGUGAUUCACGGCAGUCAAGCCAAGAAGCUGCACUUAGCUCCUCGGAGCUGCACAGCCUCAACCUUCUGAGUCUCAGUAUGCAGGAACACUUCCUGUCACUUCCUGCCCCCGGACUGACAGGUUCUGUAGCCAUACGGUAACACAGCCCUGACACUUGUCGGAAAUAAACUCAGUACUUCUGGC